AACUAUUUAUGGACCGGCACGAAGCUGCUGUCACAUCUCAUAGAAGGAGGUCCUCGCUUCGGCGAAGGGCGCUUUUGUGGCGGGUUCCAGCCUCUGACCCGCCCGGCAUUUCCAAGUCUUAAACCCCCUGAACCAAAGUUUCUACCCGCCGCUCUGCCCUCUUGGUUUAUUAAGGGCGAUUUAAGCAAGUGGUUUCUGGAAGAAUUUGAUGUGUGACUUUUAAUGCACCGAGGGCACCUCCCUUUUGAGCGUGGAGGGGUUUGAUUUGCAAAACGCUUUAAUUUGUAGACAAUAACAGUUCUCCGGAAAGAUUCCAUAGUUUCCUUUUAUACAAGUGACAUCCCAGAUCAUACUUUCUCCGUUUGAGGUUUGAAUUAGACUCGACUUUGGCGCAUCCCUUCAGCCUUGUAACUUUCAAGGUGUCAUCAGCCGAUAGCACUCAGCUUUUUAAAGAGUUCUGCAUUUUGCCCGUCAUCUCUUGUCACUGUGUGCCAAAGAAGGACUCCAUGAAAGAUGACAGAAGAAGUCAUUGUCAUAGCCAAGUGGGACUACACCGCCCAGCAGGACCAGGAGCUGGACAUCAAGAAGAACGAGCGCCUGUGGCUUCUUGAUGACUCCAAGACGUGGUGGCGGGUACGCAAUGCAGCCAACAGGACAGGCUACGUGCCAUCCAACUACGUGGAGCGCAAGAACAGCCUGAAGAAGGGCUCCCUGGUGAAGAACCUCAAGGACACGCUAGGCCUCGGAAAGACGCGCAGGAAGCCGAGUGCCAGGGACGCGUCCCCAACGCCCAGCACCGAUGCCGAGUAUCCAGCCAACGGCAGCGGCGCUGACCGCAUCUACGACCUCAACAUCCCAGCCUUCGUUAAGUUCGCCUACGUGGCCGAGCGAGAGGAUGAGCUGUCCCUGGUGAAGGGCUCCCGUGUCACUGUCAUGGAGAAGUGCAGUGAUGGCUGGUGGCGCGGCAGCUUCAAUGGGCAGAUUGGCUGGUUCCCCUCCAACUACGUGCUGGAGGAGGCGGACGAGGCAGCGGCAGAGGCCCCCAGCUUCCUGAGCCUGCGCCGGGGUGCAGCGCUGAGCAAUGGGCAGGGCGCCCGUGUGCUGCACGUGGUGCAGACGCUGUACCCCUUCAGUUCAGUCACGGAAGAGGAGCUCAACUUCGAGAAGGGGGAGACCAUGGAGGUGAUCGAGAAGCCUGAGAAUGACCCUGAGUGGUGGAAAUGCAAAAAUGCCCGGGGCCAGGUGGGCCUGGUCCCCAAGAACUACGUGGUGGUCCUCAGUGAUGGGCCAGUGCUGCACCCCUCGCACACCCCGCAAAUCAGCUACACCGGGCCCUCGGCCAGCGGGCGCUUUGCAGGCCGGGAGUGGUACUAUGGCAACGUGACGCGGCACCAGGCUGAGUGCGCUCUCAACGAGCGGGGCGUGGAGGGCGACUUUCUCAUUAGGGACAGCGAGUCCUCGCCCAGUGACUUCUCCGUGUCUCUCAAAGCAUCAGGGAAGAACAAGCAUUUCAAGGUGCAGCUCGUGGACAAUGUCUACUGCAUUGGGCAGCGGCGAUUCCACAGCAUGGACGAGCUAGUGGAACACUACAAGAAGGCUCCCAUCUUCACCAGCGAGCACGGAGAGAAGCUCUACCUCGUCCGAGCCCUGCAGUGACGGCGGCGCAGUAGCCUUCCGUGCCCUGCCCACUGUGGGCCUCGCCACCACCCUCGCCUCCCAGAGCCCAGUUGCCACCAUUCAUCUGGCUGGGAUCUCCAACACAGCCCAGUCUGUCUUUCUCUUCAGCCCCGUUGGUCACCCAUAGCCACCCAGGCUCUCAACAGCCAUGCCCACGGCCAACACCUCCUGGCCACUUUCAGGUAGUGAGGGUCAAAAGGGGUGAAGCUGCUCACGGUUUUCCUUUUAAUUGGAAGAGUCUUUUUAAAUCCUUCAUGAGCAAACUCAUACACAGACUGGUUAAAAUACUGGGGCUCAUUCAGAAGUCAGUGAUGCUGUGCGUAGUGAGUAUGAGACCUUGGCACACUCAGAAAGUUGUAUCCAUGGGUGCUUGGCGCUCCCCAUCAGCCAUGCUGGUCUCAGCCAGUAGCCGGUGUCCCAGGGCCUAUACCCUUCUGUGGCUCCAGGCUCUGCAGGACUCCACACAGGUGCAGAUAGCAGCAAUAUAGGAACUACUGGGGUGGUGGUGGUUGAGGGAACUGCCCAGUGCCUUUGAGGCUGUGCUUGCAAUAAAAAGAGGGGUUUUUGUUUUGUUUUGUUUGUUUUGAGAGUCAGUCUAUAAAAGAGGGAGCCAGUGACACAGAAAGACAGAUGCUUUGGUAAUUUUUCCCCAGAUGUGCCAUCCACAUAGUGCUUUCUUCCUCUUGCCCUUUUGCUUGUUUGAAUUUCACAAUUACAUAUUUAAUUCUCAAAGUAAUAUGUAUCUGUAGCUGUUCAUUGACACUAAUAACAGAUGAUUAAGGAAAACAGCUGAUCUUUGGGGAAGGGGAGCUACCAAUACUUUAUACACAUAUACAAUAUAUAUAUAUAUAUAAUAUGUGUAUAUUAUAUGUAUAUAUAUAUAUAUAAAAAUUUGCUUCACAGGGAAAUUUUUCAGGGUUUACAAAAGAAUAUGUGAUUGGUAGAAACACACAGAAUGUUUAUGAAGAAAUUGCAUUUUCUUUUUUCUUUACAUUUGAACUUCUUUAUAGUUUGACUAUACAGUCUUGAGAUGGCACAUUCCUACGAUUGAAGAAGGGGUCUUGAGAUCCUCUAAACUUGCAUACCCAGUUUUUUGAAUAUUGUAAUAAAAAAAGUAUUAUGACA